ACGAGCCAUUUGAACGCUGUGUCUUUUCUUCAUUCGAGGAAACAGUCUUCCAGUAGCAAACAUGCUGUCCAUCGCUGCUUUCCUCGGCCUGAUCGCCGUCUCGUCGGCCGGCUACCUCGGUGGCGGCUACGGAGGCCUCGGCUACGGAGGUCUCGGCUACGGAGGUCUCGCCUACGGAGGCCUCGGCUACGGUGCUGGCUUGGGCUAUAGAGGUGGCGUUGUUGGCGUUGCUGCCGCUCCAGUCGCUGUCGCUGCCGCACCAGUCGCUGUUGCUGCCGCUCCCGUCGUUGCCGCCGCCGCCCCAUUGGUCCGCGCCGCCCCCGCGGUCCGUGCCGCUGCUCCCGUGGCCGUCGCCGCCCCCGUGGCCCUCGGCCCCAGCCCCGCCGCCAUCGCCGCUGGUGCCUUCGGUGCCACCGCCGUGACCGGUAACGUCGCCAAGGCCGUCACCAGCCUGGUGUCCACCGCCCACCACACCUCCCCAGGAGUCGCCAGCGUGGCCACCCAGGUUGCCGCUCCCAUCGUCGGCGCCAGCUACGGCGGAUACGGCGGAGUCGGCUACUACGGCGGUGGAUACGGCGGAUUCGCCGGCGGAUACGGCGGAUACGCUGGAGUCGGCUACGGACUCGGUCACGGUGGAUACGGCGUCGGCCACGUCGCUGCUGCUCCCGUUGUCGCCGUCGGAUAUGGCGGCUACGGCGGCUACGGCAAGCACUAGAUAGGUAAAGAAAACGACAUUGCAAAGCUUAUACAUACGCUGAAUGGGUGUUAGCGAUGGAAGACUGGCCAGAAGACACCGAUGGUCCAGUAGUGAAAGAAUAAAUUAUUCAACUUGUUCUGCCUGGUGCA